GCCAUGGUCAUGGAGCAGGGGCAUAGGUUGUUCCGAUAGUAAUCCCAUCCUGUGAGAAGGUCGAUCAGCAGUCUCCCGGGCUGCAUUUGCGAAAUUGUUCAGAGGUAUUUGUUCGUCGUACUUCAGUCAUCUUGACAUGUGAGCUAGAUUUUCAAUCCUUACCUUACUAUGUCCUCCCUUUCUUCGUCCGGUGCUCAGGGAGAUGCAAAAACGGCAGACUAUGCUUGGUCCCGUCCCGGCGGUCUGAUCGAACGGCCUGGGCAGGGACCUGGUGAGUCCGAGGCCUGGGUCUACUGCGACAAGUUUUCGUACAAUUCGGAUGAGAAGGUCUCACUCAGGACAUAUACGACAGCUGAAGAGUAUGACAUCGAUGUCAUCAAAGACGGAGCCAAACCUCGAAAGGUCUACACCAAGCAGCAUCUGCCAGGUCGACAACACCCGACACCAAAGGAUGCAUAUGCUGUUGGUUGUGGUUGGCCCGAGUCAUUGUCAGUACAGCUUGAUGACCCAUGGGAAUCCGGCUUUUACCUCGUCAUCAUACGGAUCAAGAAUGUCCGUGGCAGGGUACACGAGCGGGAAGGAUUCUUUGUAGUCAGGCCUGACAAGGACCACGCGACGGGGGCGGAUUUUGUCUUGGUACAUGCCACAAGCACAAUGCUGGCGUACAAUGAUUGGGGCGGGGCCAAUCACUACCGAGGGAUCGAAGACGGAUAUCAGAAUGAUAUACCCAGCCCGCAUGCUUCCUCCCAACGACCCGUCGCAAGAGGAAUGCUCCGAAUACCGAGAAACGCCCCACGCGAGUCUACCAGUGACGCUGUCGUUGGGCCUGGGUGGACACCGAGGUAUCACAGCCUCGAGUAUUCCUGGUAUUUCCGCUUUUCAAGGCACUACGCCGACGCCGGCUGGGCUACAUAUGAACGCCCGUUCGUUGUAUGGGCUGAAGACCAAGGCUACAAGAUUCAUCAUAUCACACAGACCGACCUGCACUCUGAUCCAAGCAUUCUCAACGGAUAUAGCUGUGACGUCUCGGUCGGUCACGAUGAAUAUUGGUCUUGGGAGAUGCGGGACAACAUAGAUACAUUCACUGGCCGUGGUGGUCGAUUUGCUCGGUUUGGCGGCAAUUUCUGUUGGCAAGUGCGCUUUGAAGACAAUACGGACGUUCAAGUCUGCUACAAGGACCCAAGAGCCGAUCCUGCCUUCGGCACGAACCCAACCAGGACCACGACUGGCUGGGACUUCCCUCCUGUGAACCGCCCUGGUGCGCAGACUGUCGGCUUGACUGGUUUUGGUGGUGUUUAUACUCGCUAUGGCGUUGCCUCCCCGCGAUCUUCAGGUGGUUUUCAGGUAUACAGGCCAAAUCACUGGGCUCUUGAAGGGUCGGAACUCUUUUACGGCGACAUAUUUGGUGGUCAUCCUGUCAACAUCUGUGGAUUCGAAGUUGAUGGUGUCGACUAUACCUUUAAAAAGGGGUUGCCAUACCCAUCCGGCGCUGAUGGAACACUAAUGGAUCUAGAGAUCAUAGCCAUGUGUCCAGCGGUCGCCGGCGAAAGGGAUCGAUGGGGAGGUAUGGAACCCAUCGGUGGACCGCUCAAAGAGCUACAAGAACACGUUACUAAUAUGAGCAAAAGUCAUAUCCUCCUCAAUUCUGUUUAUCGGGAGGGAGUGCCAGCGUACUUGGAGGAUCGUGAGUAUGGAAGCGGUAUGGUGGCCAGUCUGAAGAGAGGUGCUGGCGAAGUGUUUUGUGCCGGCACGGCAGAAUGGGUUGUUGGGCUCAUAAAGCAUGACUUCUUCACCGAAACCAUCACUAGGAAUGUCCUGAACCGGUUCUCUGGCAGGGCUGAGGCAUGA